AUGCUCUCACGUUCCCCUUCAUCCAUCUCCAAUUCUGCAUUUCCGUGUGAUCUUCCUUGUUUCUCCGUUCGUUCCCCCUCCACUGCCGUCCAUCCGUCGUGUUCUUUUCUCGCCGCUCGUCCUCCCUGUCCCCACCCCCCUCCCUUGAUCGCGCGCGCGCAAGGAAACGGUGUAAUGUUUGGCUCCGCCAUCCGCGCGUCGGCACGUCACGGCGUCAUUGCCUCUCCGUGUGCUUCCCCUCGCGCAUGUUAUGCUGUGGGCUCGCUGAACAAGUUUCAGGGACAGCACCCGCUGAGAGAACGAGCGAAGAAGCUGGGCGAUGGCAUUCUCGUCAUCAGGUUUGAGAUGCCGUUCCACGUGUGGUGUGGCGGGUGCAAGAGCAUGAUCGCCAAGGGCGUGCGGUUCAACGCGGAGAAGAAGCACAUCGCCAACUACCUCUCCACCAAGGUGCUCUUCCUCCCAACGCUCAUACCUCCAGGCUCCAGCACUCAUUUUCCUCCAUGGCAUUCCGCUUGCUUGCGUGCUGCACCAGCUGCGCGCCCUGCCAUGAGUCAUGACCAUGUCCCCACUGCUCUGCGCCCUGCCCAUCACCUUUUAACUCCGCCCUGCCGCCCGUUGCCGGCCGCCCUGUGUGGUGCAGAUAUGGAGUUUCAAGAUGCGGGCGGCGUGCUGCCAGCACGAGAUAGAGAUCCACACGGACCCCAAGAACUGCGACUACCUCGUCGUCAGUCACUCCAUACCUACCUCCAACCAUUCCCUCUCUCCUCUUCUUACUUGCCCUCUCCCCUCCUCCUGCUGCCCUAUCUCGUGUGCUCCUUGCUUACCUCCUUGAUGGCUUUCCUUGUGGUGAGUGGAGCGGAGCGCAAGGUGGUGGACAUUCCCAUACUACCCGCAUCCCUCCCUUCCUUUCCAUCUUUCUCCCUCUCUCUCCCUCCCUCUACCUCCCUCUCCCUUCCUCCCCCUCUCUCUCCCCCUCUCUCCCUCUCUCUCCCUCUCUCUCCCCUCUCUCCCUCCCCCAUCCUUCCCUCUUGUUCUCUCUCCCUCGCUCUUCGUCUCUCUCCGUCUCUCUCCCUCCUGCUCCCCCUCUCUCCCUCCCUCUCCCUCUCUCCCUCCCUCUCCCCCUCUCUCCCCCUUUCCAUCUCGCUUUCCAUAGUUCUUCCUCUCUCUCCCUCUCUCUCCCCCUCUUCAUAUCUCUCCCUUUAUCUCCGCCUCUCCCCCUCUCUCCCCCUAUCGCCCUCUCUCCCUUUAUCUCCCUCUCUCUCUCCCCGUCUCUCUCCAUCCCACCCCCUUCGUUGCCUGGACUGUCCAGAGCGAGAGCAGCUGUUGGAUCCGCUGGUGCGAUUGGAGCAUGGGGGGCGCGACCGCAAGAGGGCGGCAGCAGCUGCGCCCACUCUAGCGGCCGUGAAGGCUGCUGCGGACACCAAGCAUGCCGACCCCUUCCGCCUCAACCGUGUGCUGCGCUCCCACCUCCGGGAGCGCAAGAAGCGGGUGGCAGAGGAGGAGGCAGAGGCACGCAGCAGGGGGCUGGCGAUCCGGCUGCUGCCGCCCUCACAGGCGGACAGUGCAGCAGCUGCAGCAGCGCCCUUUGCCCACCGCUUUGACCACAACCGCGCGGAGAAGCGCGCCGCCAUUCGCAGCGCCUCCAUCUUCACCCCCUCUGCUGCUCCCCCUGCCACUCCUGCUUCCGCUGCUGCUGCUGGCAGCUCGUCACACAAACGGCAUAAACCAGAGGGCAAGCAACAACUUACCCUGACACACAAGAGCAGCAGCAGCAGCAAGAUCAGCAGUAGAAGCAGCGGCGGGGAGAAGAAGGCAGAUGUGGCAAAGAGGGCGGAGCUUUUGGCGAAGAGGCGGCGGAUAGAUGUGCAGGGAGUGCUGGCACUGACACGCGGGCAGCUGUGA